GCUAUACUGCCAGUGCCUGCUAGAAUAAUGUCUGGGAGGAAAGGAGGAAAGAGAGAAAGACUUAACAACAAAUGAGUCAGCGGCAGCUCUGUCUCCCCAUAACUUUACCCACCCACCUCCCUGUGAAAAAGACUACAGCUCAUGCAAAGGGCAUCCUGUCCAGCAGGCGUCCCCGUCAUCGGAGGCCGGGCGGUUUUUAACAAAGCGUAGAAGAAGACGUGAAGGCGGUACUGAGGAAAGUCAGAAAAUGUCAGCCCCCAAAAGCAUCCCCAAAGAUGCGCAGGUGAUGAUGCAGAUCCUGAAGGACAUGGGUGUCGCGGAGUACGAGCCUCGCGUCAUCAACCAGAUGUUGGAGUUCACUUACAGGUAUGUUACAACCAUCAUUGAGGAUGCCAAGAUCUACGCCACACAUGCCAAGAAGUCCAGUGUGGACGCAGACGACAUCAAGCUGGCCAUCCAGUGCCGAAUGGACCAGUCUUUCACCUCACCGCCACCGCGAGACUUCCUGCUUGAAGUGGCCAGGCAGAAGAACCAGACACCCCUCCCCCUCAUCAAACCAUACACGGGACCCCGACUUCCCCCAGACCGCUACUGUCUGACCGCACCCAACUACCGACUCAAGUUCCUUCCGAAGAAGGUGGCAUCAUCAGCCGGCAGGAUCUCUGCACCUCGAUUGAACGUAGGCGCCGUCGCCAGCAGACCAACCACACCCACACUCGGAAACGCAACUGUUCAGGCAGUUGGCACCAAGGUCGGACCCCCGGUGUCGCUAACGGGUCAGAGGUUCACUGUGCAGAUUCCCCCUCCCUCGCAGAGCAGUGUCAGCAAAAGCACUACACUGACCACACCCACCACCUCCAACGUGCUCAUCAACCAGUCUCUGAUUGGCUCCAAGAACAUCCUCAUCACUACCAACAUGACAGCUCAAAACACCAGCAGUGAGACGCUCAAGAGGAAGCACGAAGAUGACGACGACUACGACACUAUGUGACACCCCCCCAUCACAGGAACAUUUCCACCUCCUGUCAGCAGCAGACCACACAAGCACAUUUGUUUAUUUCACCUUUAAUCAUAAAAACAAAGUGAAAUAAAAAACAAUUAAAUGAU